AUGUCGUGUGCGCUCUUUACGAACCCGGACCUCCUGGCAACGUUGAAACGCAAUGUGACGACGACAUCUGAGCGAUUUUUGCCGACGGGGAUACCCCCGCACGUGGAUCUAUUCAAGGGAAUCGAACGUAACCUUGCAGCUAUCCAAACGUUGCCAGACUUGAUUUCUGACCGUCUGGAAGGAAUUUUGGAUGAGCACGACGUUGGUUCAGGGAAUAUCACGCGUCAGUACCUCGAAACGACGCUUUCGAACCUGGUUUCCCAGCUCCAUUCCUCGCCGAAUGAACGUGUUCUGAGCCCACCGUCAACACCAGGGGGGCAGCUCUACACCUGGGGUGGCCGCUUGUCCAAGCUUCCGGCUGACUUCGAGUUCCCCGCUGUCGAUGCGGCCACGGCAUGGCGUCUGUGGUGGCGUGGCAAUGUGAGGAGUGGCCACCCACCGUACCGGUUCAUCGUACCUGCUGAUUUGGCGACGACGAAGCAGCGUAAGGCGCUGUCGGACUGGAAGUUCGUGAUGGGGCACUUCGAGCGCGUGUCCGUGGGCGCGGGGUUUGCUCUGCCGACUCGUCCUACUGAUCUGGAAGUGUCAAACAUGUUCGAACCUGUUGCCGGGUUCUUACGCUCCGUGUACAGCUGUGCUACGGGUAAACGCACCCGUCGAAUCACUCAGCUUCGACUUGUGUCGCACAUUCGAGUGCUGCGGAAACACGCUUCGACGCUCAGUGGGUAA